CUUAUUUGUUUCAUUUAUAAAAUAUUUAUAAGUCAAACAUAUUUGUUUCCAAAAAUAUGUAGUGAUUUCAGAAACUUGUUUGUAAACUGUCAUACCAACUAAUGGUGUGGUACUGCUUGGCACUAGUUUCUGAGAAGAUAGAAAUAUGAAUGUGUUAUUUCCCGUAUUAUCUUGUAAAGUAAAAUAUAUGAUUUUCAAUUUUAUACAGAUAUGCAGAACAGAAAGGCUAAGGUCGUUCAUUACGACACUGCCAGCAUUUCUGUUAUUUUUAUUAUGCCACGUGUCUUGUGCAUUUAAGUAUUACAAUCCAAGUGUCCAAACUUCGUUUCAACUUGUUGAGUUCAAGAGUUCAAGUUAAACACAAGCCAGUACCAGGACCACAGGACACUAAAUACUAUUCCUAACAUCAAUGGAUUAUAAUAUCGUCGGUAAUAAGCAGUAUCAGUCAAGAAUUCAGUUUUAAGUUCAAAAUCUUAGCUAGAUUGUUCGGUUCGCAAGUAUGUCUGCUAAAGCGAUUUACGAAGAAGAUGCGAAGGUUUUACUAACAAAAUAUUUGAAAAAUAGUGAUUUUGUAAAAUGUCAAAAUGCUUGCAUCAGCAGUAGUAAAGAUUGGCACGAUGUGAUCGCAACGAACGAAUGGCUCAACACAAAGAAACUAGUUGUGAAGCCUGAUCAAUUGAUAAAAAGACGAGCAAAGCUUGGUUUGAUUAAAGUAAAAGCUGAUAUUAAAGAAGUGCAAGAGUGGGUUGAAUCUCGUUUAAAUAAAGAAAUCCAGAUUGGGCAGACAAAAGGACUAUUGAAGCGGUUUCUCAUUGAACCUUUUGUGGAACAUAAACAAGAAGAGGAGUUUUAUGUUUGUAUUUAUGCACAACGUGAAUCUGACAUUAUCUUGUUUCAUCAUGAGGGAGGAGUAGAUAUUGGUGAUGUUGAUAGCAAGGCAAGGCAAUUGCAUGUUGAGGUUGGACAGUCAGUUGAUGUUAAUAAGAUUGAAUCUGAGCUGUUGGUGAAUGUUUCAGGGGAAACAAAAAGAUUGUUGGCCAACUUCAUUUUCUCUCUUUUUGAAACUUUUACAGAACUUUACUUUACUUAUUUGGAAAUAAAUCCAUUAGUGAUUGUGGGAAAGACAAUACACGUUUUGGAUGUAGCUGCAAAAUUAGACCAAACAGCCGAUUUCAUUUGCAAACCAAAAUGGGGUGAAAUUACUUUUCCUCCACCAUUUGGUCGUGAGGCCUUUCCUGAGGAAGCUUUUAUCGCUAACUUAGAUGCUAAAAGUGGUGCAUCUCUUAAACUGACGGUUUUAAACAAGGCUGGAAGAAUAUGGACAAUGGUUGCUGGGGGUGGUGCAUCUGUCAUAUACAGUGAUACAAUUUGUGGACUUGGUGGUGCAUCUGAACUAGCAAACUAUGGUGAAUACUCUGGUGCCCCAACUGAAAGUCAAACUUAUCAAUAUGCUAUAACAAUUUUGAAGCUACUCUCUGAUGGGGAACCAAGACCUGAUGGUAAGAUUCUCAUUAUCGGUGGUGGAAUUGCUAAUUUUACAAACGUAUCAGCAACUUUCAAGGGAAUCGUUAGGGCACUUCAGGAAUAUCAAAAAGAACUUAUAAGACAUAAAGUGACUAUUUUUGUCCGACGUGGAGGGCCGAACUAUCAAGAAGGUCUACGAGUUAUGCGAGAAGUUGGUGCCACCCUUGGUGUUCCUGUACAUGUAUUUGGAACGGAAACUCACAUGACAGCAGUUGUUGGUAUGGCAUUAGGUAAACGUGAGAUACCUAAACAACUCGUUCUUGACUCUAACACCGCUGCUGACAUGUUCUUUAAAUCUGCUGAUCAGGGACCAUCUCUUUCUCAAGCUAAACGUAUUAUCUCUGCAUCCGAGUUGAAAAACAUGAAAACAUCGGUUGAUAGCAAUGACGGUGAACCACUGUUUCAUAAUAUGACUCGAGCUAUUGUUUGGGGAAUGCAAUCAAGAGCAGUCCAGGGAAUGCUUGACUUUGAUUAUGUUUGUGAACGGCGUUUACCAUCUGUUGCAGCCAUUGUGUAUCCAUUCAGCGGUAAUCACAGAAGUAAAUUUUACUAUGGUCAUAAAGAAAUCAUGGUACCUGUUUAUAAAGAUAUGAAGGAGGCAGUGCAGAAACAUCCUGAAGUUGACGUUAUGGUAAAUUUUGCUUCCUUAAGAUCUGCUUAUGGUGCGACAGUCGAGGCAAUGAACUAUGAACAGAUAAGAUGUAUUGCUAUAAUUGCCGAAGGAAUUCCCGAGGCAAUGACAAGAAUAAUAAACCUAAAAGCCAAGGAAAAAGGUGUUACCAUAAUUGGACCCGCAACGGUUGGAGGUAUUAAGCCGGGAUGCUUUAAAAUUGGGAAUACUGGUGGCAUGUUGGAUAACAUCCUUGCCUCAAGAUUAUAUAGACCAGGAAGUGUCGCUUAUGUUUCUCGUUCUGGUGGUAUGUCAAAUGAACUCAACAACAUCAUUUCACGAUCUACCGAUGGUGUUUUUGAAGGAGUUGCUAUUGGUGGUGACAGAUAUCCUGGAACGACGUUUCUUGAUCACUUGUUACGUUUUAAUGAUCAUCCUGAUGUUAAAAUGCUUGUACUACUGGGAGAGGUUGGUGGAACCGAAGAAUAUUUUAUCUGUGAUGCAAUCACUUCAGGACGUAUUACGAAGCCUUUGGUGGCGUGGUGUAUAGGAACUUGUGGAACAAUGUUCACUUCAGAGGUACAAUUUGGUCAUGCUGGCUCAAGUGCUCAUUCUGACAAAGAAACAGCUGUAGCGAAGAAUAAGGCGUUAAAAGCAGCCGGAGCUCAUGUACCAGAGAGUUUUGAUAGUUUGUUUGACGUGAUACGAGAUGUUUAUAAUGAUCUCGUAGCUAAAGGACAGCUUAUUCCUAAACCUGAUAAAACUCCACCAACAGUCCCAAUGGAUUACAGCUGGGCACAGGAGCUCGGUCUUAUUCGAAAGCCCUCGUCAUUCAUGUCAAGCAUUUGUGACGAACGUGGAGCUGAAUUACUCUAUGCUGGCGUACCUAUUACAAAAAUAUUUGAGGAUGACCUUGGAGUCGGAGGAGUUCUUGGACUUUUGUGGUUUCAAAGGAGGCUUCCAGCGUACGCCUGUAAAUUCCUAGAAAUGUGUUUGAUGAUUACCGCUGACCAUGGACCUGCUGUCUCUGGAGCACAUAACACAAUUGUCACUGCUAGAGCUGGCAAAGAUUUAAUGUCUUCUCUCGCUUCAGGAUUGCUCACAAUUGGAGAUCGAUUUGGAGGUGCAUUGGACGCUGCUGCCAAACAUUUUUCUGAAGGAUCUGAUAGUGCAAUAACGCCAAUGGAAUUUGUAAACAAUUACAAAAAGUCUGGAAAACUGAUCAUGGGAAUUGGUCAUCGAGUGAAAUCGAUAAAUAAUCCUGACAAACGUGUAGUAAUAAUCAAGGAAUUUGCAUUAGCUAAUUUCCCCAUGAACGAAGUCUUGAAUUUUGCUCUGAGCGUCGAGAAAGUCACCACAUCUAAGAAACCCAAUCUUAUUUUAAAUGUCGAUGGAUGUAUUGCUGUUUGCCUUGUUGAUCUGUUGAGAAAUUGUGGAUCUUUCACAAGGGAAGAAGCUGACGAGUUUGUGUCAAUUGGUGCUUUAAAUGGUUUGUUCGUACUUGGUAGAUCCAUCGGAUUUAUUGGACAUUAUUUGGACCAGAAGCGACUCAGACAAGGAUUAUACCGACAUCCUUGGGAUGAUAUUACUUAUCUUCACCCUGAUCAUCUACAACAUCAAGCUGGUUUUGAGUAGCAUGCACAACGAAAAAUUCUGGAUUAAAUCAGUGAAAAUUUGAAACAGCUGUCGAAAUAACCACUAUAUACUUUAGUUAGGCGUGGAGUUUAAUGCGUUUAUUCAAUUAAAAUAGAUUGUUAUGAUCUGGGA